AGCGAGUGACGACAUCUUGAACCACAACCAACUCAAAUACAUCAUCAUCAUCAAGCACCACAUCACCGGACCGUCUGGGCUGCUUCAGGAGGAAAUCGGACAGCUAUCGCAAAAAUAUGGACCGAACGCAGGAGUUCAAGUCAUGUGUGGCAUCGAUUCGCUCGAGGACGGCAUCCCAAAGAGUGCCAGAACAUAAACAACGGCUGCUGGAUAACUCAUCACCCAGUCGUAAGAACCAACGAGCCCCUGGAGCCCGUGGAGAAUUCGCUAGAUUAGCCGGAAUGAUUGGAAAGGAUAUCCAACAAACCACCGUCAAACUUAGCCAACUUGCUCAACUCGCCAAGCGGAAGACUCUCUUCGACGACAGACCAGUUGAAAUCUCGGAAUUGACAUAUAUCAUUAAACAGGACAUCGCGCAACUCAACCAACAAAUCGCCCAAUUGCAAACAUUCGUCAAACAGAACUUGUCUUCAAAUCGUGGUCAAAAACAGCCGGUUGAUGAGCAUAACAAUAACGUGGUGAUGAUGCUCCAAAGCAAACUGGCAGAUACGAGCAUGGGCUUCAAAGAUGUCCUCGAGAUUCGCACCCAGAAUAUGAAAGCGACGAGAGACCGGACCGAACAAUUUCAGUUCAAUACCCCUGGGCUUGCCACCGCAUCACAAUCAGUCCUCCGUUCACGCCCCACACCAUCCUCCCCUUUCAAUUCAAAAUCCGCAGACUCACCCUUGUAUGCAGCUCAACAAGCAGGAGUCGCUUCCGGUGUCAAUCGAUCACUCUAUGAUUCUAAAGGCAAAGGGAAAUCUACGCAGGACCCUCCUGGCUAUCAACAGAAUGAAUAUCUCGCCUUGGACAUGGGCAAGAAUUCUAAUCCGGGCGAAUCUAGUGGACCUCAAGGAUACAUGCAAAUGCAGCUAGCACAAGACAAUUCAGAUGCAUAUCUCCAGCAACGGUCAACAGCCAUCGAAUCGAUCGAAUCCACAAUCACUGAGCUGGGCUCGAUCUUCAGUCAACUAGCAACGAUGGUUGCUCAACAAGGAGAACAGGUACAACGGAUCGACCAAGAUACGAUCGACAUCGAAAGUAACAUCCAAUCCGCUCAAUCCGAAUUGCUCAAAUUCUAUUCAAGCAUCUCGGGGAAUCGGAUGUUGAUGUUUAAAGUGUUCGGGAUGAUCAUGAUCUUCUUCUUGUUAUUCGUCUUACUCACCUAAACAUCUAAUAGAAUCUCUGGAAUGCUAUGGUUGUGAAAUACAUAUUUGUGUUUUUUUUUGUAAUAAACAAAUCAACAAAAUUCUGUUUUUUGGAUGCAUCUUUUCAUUUCAUUUCAUUUCAUUUCUCCUCCACCAUUGAUUCCUAAUAUUGUCUACUUAUUCACAAACUCUGAUCAUUAAGAAAG